UCAGAGGUCAGCUGACGGGUUUGUUUUGCUCGCUUUUCCCAGCUCGUCAUGAUAAAAACACAGAGGAAGGAAGCGAGCACGUCGAAGCACAUCGGGUAACGUCAACAGCUCCUCACUGCCAUUACCACACAGUUCCACGCGUCCUUUGUCACGGACGGUGUCGUCAACAGCGGCCUUUUUGUUUGCUGACACCGCCAUUUACCUCCGUUGUCGACUGGGACGACGACUUUGACGCAGUAUGCCUUCAGAGAAAUCCUUCAAACAAAGAAGAACAUUCGAUCAGAGGGUAGAAGAUGUCCGGCUGAUCCGAGAGCAGCACCCUAACAAGAUACCUGUGAUCAUUGAAAGGUACAAAGGAGAAAAACAGCUGCCCAUCUUGGACAAGACAAAGUUCUUGGUGCCAGACCAUGUCAACAUGAGUGAACUGAUCAAGAUUAUCAGGCGGCGCCUCCAGCUGAACUCCAACCAGGCUUUUUUCCUGCUGGUCAACGGCCACAGCAUGGUGUCAGUCUCUGCCGCCAUCUCGGAGGUGUAUGAGCGCGAGCGUGACCAAGAUGGCUUCCUGUACAUGGUCUACGCUUCCCAGGAGACCUUUGGCGCCGACCCGACCCCCCAGUGAUCGCUCUUCUCUCUUAUUCCUCCCGGCCAGCCAUUGGACAAUUGUAUUUUUUUGUUUUAAAUUUGCUCCUUUCCGUGUUGUUUCCAGUAGUAACGCCGUCUCCUCGCCACGUUAGUCUAACUAAAACAAUCCGCUAAACGUAAGCGCCAAGUAGAGGCUUUUCUGUUUUGACUGCAGAGCGUCUGAGCCCCAGUCUUUAACGGGCUGUCAUGGCAACGUAGCAUUUAUUCCCGUGUUGUGGCUAGAUGAAUCUUCCACUUACUUCUAUUCAUCUUUCGGUACGUCUCAGCUUGCCGUUUCACAAAAGUAGUGCGUUACCGCUGCUUUUUAUAUCUUUAUAUUAGCAAAUGAACAAAGCUAACGCGAUUUGAAGCAUUGCCCAAGUGGAUGUAGCCUCAAGGAUGACCUAACUGCAUGUCCAAUUGUAUAGAACGAAACAAUUCAGCGCUGCUCAUUUUGUAAAUAAUGGCAACCCAUUAACUGCAGCACAUCAAUAUUACGUUGGCUUCACCCUCUGGCCUGAAUACGGUCACGUCUGACGCCAAAAAUGAGGUUACGUUCACUUUUUAUACUGUUUCAUCAACCUCCUCUAGUUCACCUGGUGUGUUCUGCUUUCUUCCGGUUUAUCGAACUGACAGUGUCAACUAUAUUAAACGGUUUUAUCGACUCUCAUUCCCUGCCAGCUUUCUCGAUUAAAAUGGAUGUUUGACGGCUAUCACCGUCAAUGGCAGUGAAUGAGUAACACAAUUACCAAGUUGGUCACUAAAAUUAGUCCGGUGGAGAAACUUGAUGGUUUUUUUUUUCUUUCUUUUUUUAGUCUCAAGUAAUUAGCUGUUUUAGUAAGUUAAAGAAAAGUGAAUAAGGUCUUACAAGUGUGUAGCUGUGUCAGUGUGUUGACUUUGGUACACAGGGUUGAUUUCUUGUCGCUGUUGUUGCCAUUCAACACGCGCAGCUGCGCACGGGGACCUUUGUGCUUUUUAUGUUGCGCUUCAACUGCUUUUAUAAUGCAGUAUUUUAUUUAUCAUUUGGAUUUCUUUAAUUUAACUCUCAUUGUUCAACAAGUCUUUAUCCUCAAUCUUUCCAGCUAUUUCUGCAUUGGACAAGUCAAAGCCACUGUGUGUUUAUUGCUGAGGGGAGAGCAUUUGUGUGUCUUCCAGCCCCUCCAUUUCUCACACAUUCACACUGAGCAAUAGCCAUAUGUGUAUUUAUGUUGGUAUUUUGUUAACAAUAAAAGGUUAAAAAAGA